AUGACGUCCAUAGGCACAGGCUACGACCUGUCCAACUCGGUCUUCUCCCCCGACGGCCGCAACUUCCAGGUCGAAUACGCAGUCAAGGCGGUCGAGAACGGCGGCACAGCAGUCGGCAUCCGCUGCAAAGACGGCGUCGUGCUCGCCCUCGAGAAGCUCGUCACCAGCAAGCUGCUCAAGGCCGGCGCCAACAAGCGCAUCGCCACAAUCGACCGCAACAUGGGCAUCGUCUCCUCCGGCCUCCUCCCCGACGGCCGCCACUUCGUCUCCCGCGCCCGCGACGAGGCGGCCCAGUGGCGGCAGCUCUACAAGGCCCCCAUCCCUGUCGCCUCGCUCGCCGACCGCAUGGGCAGCUACGCCCAGGCAUACACCCUCUACUCCAGCGUACGGCCCUUCGGUAUCACUGCCAUUGUCGCCGGCUGGGACUCGGAGGCCGAGUUGCCAGUCGACGGCCAGGUCGGCGCUGGGCCCAAGGCUGGCUCCGGCGGCAAGCAGGAGGGCGCAAAGCACGGUGGCCCCUCUCUGUACAUGAUCGAGCCGAGUGGUCUGUACUGGGGCUACUACGGCGCCGCCACCGGCAAGGGACGACAGAUUGCAAAGUCGGAACUCGAGAAGCUCAACCUCGCCGAGGGCGAGCUGUCGCUCCACGACGGCGUCAAGGAGGCCGCGCGCAUCAUCUACGUCGCCCACGACGACAACAAGGACAAGGAGUUUGAGCUGGAGCUGACCUGGAUCAGCAACCUGGACGGACCCACAAAGGGCAGACACGAGGAGGUGCCCAAGGACAUCAGGGAAGAGGCGGAGCGGCUGGCAAAGAAGGCGUUGGAGGGCGACGACGACGACGAGGAAGAGGAAGAGAAGAUGCAGGAGUAA